CAAAGAUAAAAUAAAAAAAAUUCCCUGCCACAAUCACAAACUAUCUCAAACUCCUCUGGAAUUCGGGAUCCAAUUCAAGACCCGUCAACCGCUCCGAUGGGCCUUUCCAGCAGACCCGACACUCCCGAACCAGACACCGAAUCCUCUCUCCUCCUCCAUCCAUCAGAAAUCCGCCGCCGAUCUCCUCCAAGGUCCCAGAGGACAGUUACCACCUAGCCUACAUAAUCCACUUCACUCUCGGCUUCGGCUACCUCCUCCCAUGGAACGCCUUCAUCACCGCCGUCGAUUACUUCUCCUACAUCUACCCGGGCGUCUCCGUCGACCGGAUCUUCGCCGUCGCUUACAUGCUCGUCGGCCUCAUCUGCCUCGCCGUCAUCGUCUUCUACGCUCAUAAAUCGGACGCUUAUAUCCGGAUCAAUGCGGGUCUGAUCCUGUUCGUCGUCGUCCUCCUGGUGCCUCCGGUUCUCGACACCACUUACAUCAAGGGUCGGGUCGGGUUGUACGACGGGUUCUAUGUCACCGUCGGGGCUCUGGCGCUUACCGGGUUGGCGGAUGCUCUGGCCCAAGGUGGGCUAAUUGGGGCCGCUGGGGAGCUGCCUGAGCGAUAUACGCAGGCUGUCAUCGCUGGCACAGCUGGCUCUGGGGUCCUUGUUUCAUUUCUAAGAGUCUUCACCAAAGCUGUGUAUUCACAGGAUCCAACUGGGAUCAGAAACAGUGCAAACCUCUAUUUCAUAGUUGGGAUUGCAGUCAUGGGCAUCUGCAUUGUCUUCUACAAUGUGGCACACAGACUCCCAAUCAUGCAGUACUAUGCUGAUUUGAAGGUUCAGGCUGUAAACAUGGAAAGAGACAAGGGUUCUAUGACGGGAGCCCAAUGGAGAUCAAGCUUGUUGGGGACAGUGGGGAGUAUCAAGUGGCACGGGGUCGGGAUCGUCCUAAUCUAUGCCGUCACCCUGGCCAUCUUUCCAGGCUACAUAACAGAGGAUGUGAAAUCCGAGGCCAUGAAGGAUUGGUAUCCAAUCCUCCUCAUAACCUGCUUCAACGUGUUUGACCUUGUUGGCAAGUCAAUGACUGCACUCUACAUGCUUCAGAACUGGAAGGUUGCAGUUGGUGCUUGCUUUGCUAGGCUGCUCUUCUUCCCUCUCUUUCUGGGUUGCCUGCACGGCCCUGAAUUCUUCAGAACCGAGGUCCCCGUGUCGGUGCUGACUUGCCUCUUGGGACUUACCAACGGCUAUCUGACCAGUGUGCUGAUGAUUUUAGCUCCAAAGUCUGUUCCUUUUCACCAAUCUGAGACUGCGGGGAUUGUCUCUGUCUUGUUCCUCACUCUUGGUCUGGCAAUAGGUUCCAUAAUAGCCUGGUUUUGGGUCGUCUGAUGUAUAAUCAACGCCGGCUCCGAGGCCGCUUGAAGUGUAUGCUUUAAACCAGGGGCGCAAACUGAUGUAUGGAAAUGGUGGCAGCACUUUCCUUUGUAUUCAUUCUCUUGAUUGUGUAUAAAGCAAACUAGAUCCGUCCCCAAUGCGAAAGGAAAACUGGGGUGGGAUGCGCAUGAUGAAAAACUCUGAAAAGUUUCAAUUUUUAUGUAAAUUUGGUAACCUUGUGUAGCCUACAGCCUACUUGGACAUCAGAAGAAAGCAAUCGCUGGCCUUUGUUUUAUUACGUGUUCGCAUCAAAUUUAAGAGCGUCGCUGGUUUAAAAGCUGGCUCUGGUUUUGAA